AAACAUACCUGUGCUUUAUGAAAGAGGUGAAUACAGGGGAGCCAAACAUUGACCAAAUUGCCGUAGUCAAUGAAUUUCCGGAUGUAUUUCCGGAAGAGAUUCCAGGGAUGCCACCCGAGAGAGAAGUUGAAUUCUCAAUUGAGUUGAUGCCCGGAACCGCGCCAAUUUCAAAAGCACCUUACCGGAUGGCACCGAAAGAAAUGCAGGAGCUGAAGGAACAACUAGAGGAGUUGUUAGAGAAGGGGUACAUAAGACCGAGUGUCUCACCUUGGGGCGCUCCGGUCUUAUUUGUCAAAAAGAAAGAUGGGAGUCUAAGGCUAUGCAUCGAUUACCGAGAGUUGAAUCAAGCAACUAUCAAGAACAAGUAUCCAUUGCCCCGAAUUGACGACUUGUUUGAUCAAUUGAAGGGGGCUAGCACGUUCUCUAAGAUAGACUUGCGCUCUGGAUAUCAUCAAGUGAGAAUAUCCGAAAAAGAUGUACCAAAAACAGCAUUCCGCACGAGGUAUGGACACUACGAGUUCACUGUGAUGCCGUUUGGUUUAACAAAUGCACCGGCGGUAUUCAUGGACUUAAUGAACCGUGUAUUCCGACCUUAUCUUGAUACAUUUGUGGUGGUAUUCAUCGAUGAUAUUCUUGUGUAUUCAAAAACCCCGGAGGAUCACGAGAAACACUUGAGACUCACGUUACAAACUUUGAGAGAGAACCAGUUGUAUGCCAAACUCUCAAAGUGUGACUUCUGGCAGGAUCGGGUAGCGUUCUUGGGUCACAUCAUCACCCAGGAAGGCGUAUCCGUAGAUCCAUCGAAGAUUGAAGCGGUGGUUGAAUGGCGUGCACCUACCUCGGUCACAGAGGUAAGAAGUUUCUUGGGUCUAGCGGGAUACUAUAGGAGAUUUGUUAAAGAUUUCUCCAAGAUAGCAAGACCGCUAACCAACCUGACAAAGAAGACAACCAAAUUCCAAUGGAAUGAAGAUUGUGAAGCAGCAUUCCAAGAGUUGAAGAAAAGACUCACAACUGCGCCGGUCUUGACACUACCGUCAGGGACGGAGGGAUUUGAUAUCUAUAGUGAUGCAUCCAAGAAGGGGUUGGGGUGUGUGCUAAUGCAAAAUAGGAAAGUGGUGGCUUAUGCAUCAAGACAACUAAAGGUGCAUGAAGUCAAUUAUCCUACCCAUGACCUGGAGUUAGCUGCAGUAGUGUUUGCUUUGAAAAUCUGGAGACAUUACCUAUACGGAGCACAUUGUAAGAUAUACACUGACCACAAAAGCUUGAAGUACAUAUUCACUCAAAAAGAGCUUAACAUGAGGCAAAGAAGAUGGCUCGAGCUUAUCAAUGAUUACGAUCUAGAAAUCCAAUACCACGAGGGAAAAGCUAACGUGGUGGCGGAUGCUUUGAGCCGGAAAUCUGAGCACUCAUGCCGAGCAACAUGGAUAUUACCAGAAGAACUAUUCCGAGACUUCCAAAGAUUGAGCUUGGAAGUAAAGCAAUAUGGCGAAGUAGAUGGUGAAAUACAGUUAUGUACUAUGACUGUUAUUCCAUCUAUCUUUGACGAAAUCAAGAACGGACAACCGGGAGAUGUAAAGCUCGAAAGAAUCAAGGAAGGAAUGAAAGAUGGCGUCAACGGACCAUUUAAGAUGCAUGAAGAUGGGAGCAUCCGAUACAAGGAAAGAUGGUGUGUUCCACUGAAGUGUGCAGAUAUCAAAAAACAAAUCAUGGAGGAGGGACACAACACUCCCUACUCGGUACAUCCCGGGGGAGACAAACUAUACAAAGACCUCAAGAAGAACUUUUGGUGGCCGGGAAUGAAGAAAGAAGUAGCCGAAUUUGUAUCCCGAUGUUUGAACUGCCAAAAAGUCAAAGCGGAGAGAUGCAAACCCAAGGGACUCGUGCAACCCUUGGAAGUACCAACAUGGAAAUGGGAUUCAAUCUCAAUGGACUUUGUCGGGGGUUUACCUUUAACAAAGUCCGGGAAAGAUAAAAUUUGGGUGGUAGUGGAUAGAUUGACCAAAACUGCAAGGUUCAUUCCUAUGAAUGAAACCUGGAGCAUGGAGAAACUGGCUAAAGCCUAUGUCAAACACGUGGUCAAACACCACGGAGUACCUCAGGACAUCGUAUCGGACCGAGAUUCACGAUUCUUAUCCCAAUUUUGGAAAGAAUUACAAACGGCUAUGGGAACAAAAUUGAAGUUAAGUACUGCUUUCCAUCCAACCACGGACGGACAGACCGAAAGAACAAUCCAAACAUUAGAAGACAUGUUGAGGGCAUGUGUUCUUGAUUUGCAAGGAUCAUGGGAUGAACACCUAGACUUGGUAGAGUUUUCGUACAAUAACAGUUACCAUGCUAGCAUCGGAAUGGCCCCAUACGAAGCUCUAUAUGGUCAAAAGUGUAGGAGUCCCUUAUGUUGGGGUGACAUGGUCGAUCAGGUGGUUCUAGGACCACAAUACUUGCAAGAUACUAUUGAGAAAAUCAAGGUCAUCCAAGAAAGGAUGAAGGCUGCCCAAGACCGACAGAAAUCAUAUGCCGAUCUUGGGAGAAAACCAGCUGAAUUCGAACUAGGGGAGAAAGUUCUACUCAAAGUCUCUCCUACAAGAGGCGUAAUGAGGUUCGGGAAGAAAGGGAAACUAAGUCCGAGAUUCAUCGGACCCUAUGACAUCCUAGAGAAGGUGGGAAAAGUGGCAUAUCGAUUAGCUCUACCCACGGAGUUGGAUAAGGUACAUAACGUCUUUCACGUAUCACAAUUAAAGAAGUAUGUUCGAGAUGAGUCACAUAUCAUCAAUCCGGAGGUAAGAAAUCCUAGACUUAACAUGAGCCAAACGUAAAUUGGAAAGAAUAUAAGUUAACCGUUAUAUUAUUAGGUGAUUGAAAUGGAUGAGACAUUAUCCUACGAAGAAAAACCCAUAGAGAUUCUCGAUACUAAGACCCGAGAGACAAGAAAGAAGACAGUUAAGAUGGUAAAAGUACUUUGGUCAAACCAUUUGACCGAGAAUGCAACAUGGGAAACAGAAGAGGAUAUGCGUAAACGGUAUCCUGAAAUUUUCAAUUAAGGUAAAUAUUCGGUUACGAGGACGUAACCUUUCUUUUAGGGGGGCAGGUUGUAAUAUCUUAUAAACCUAUAAUACUUCAUCUUCAUACUCAAUUCUUGUCUUAGUUUAUGCUUCGAGGACGAAGCAUUCUUUAAGGAGGGUAGAAUGUGAUACCUUGGAAAUUUGAAAUAAAAAUAAAUAAACAAAUCAGAUAAGUUAUAUCUGAUAAAUCAAAUGAAAGUAAUAUCAAAGUAUAUUUUUAUUAUACUUGGUGUAUAAAAAUAUACGCACACUACAUGGAAUAGAAUUAAACACUUAUGUGGCAUCAGAAAAAUAAAAUAAAAUAAAAAUAAAAAUAAACCAGAUAAAAUAUAUCUGUCAGAGUAAAUGGAAAUAAAUAAAAUAAUUACAAGUAACUUUAUAAACAUUAAUGAAAUAAAAGAAAUAC